CCAGACUAACGUCCCCACGACGAUACCACCCUCGCAGGUCGUCGUCCCUGUGGUGGCGCCGGCCUCGCAGACUGAUAUCGCUGCCGUGGUUGAAUCCCAACCUCCUGUGGCGGGUCAAAUGCCUUCUACCCAGCUCGCCAAAAGACCUUCUGCUUCCCGAGCCCAGAAGCUAACUAUUUCCACCCAUAUGGAUUCGUAUGUGGUGGAUAAUGCUGCCGGUCCUCACGGGUCUACGCUGAUCUCGGAUGUAAUGUCCCGGAUUGGCCAGAGCUACGGCAAUUUUGAGGCUCCUCAGUGGCAGUGUCUAACUGGCACUCGGGACCGCACUGUCCUGUACGAGAAGAGUAUCGAGCACACUGCCGCGGCUCUUGCUUUCACUGCCCAGCUUAAUUACGAGCUGAACAACGAGGUCCAUACGAGCAGGACCCUCGCCCAAGAGGAGAGGGACCUCCACCUUAAAGCGAAUGACGACCUGAAGGCAGUGAAUACUAAGCUCGAGGCAGUGGUUAAGGAGCGUGAGGAAAUGGCCAAGGAGCUCGGAAAGCUGAAAAACGAACUCGAGGAGCAGAAGAAAGACAACAUCCAGCUUCGGGAGACCAACAAGAAGCUCGAGGAAGACAAGGCCGUCACCCUCGACCUCAUGGAGGAUAUCAAAACCCGCCUUACUGCUGAGUUCAAAGAAAAGAAGGAAACGGCGGUCGAUUCAGCCAUGUACCGGAUGUGGGCCUAUAACGAAGAACUGGACACCAGUUUUUUGGGUCCCCUCGAGGCGUCCUUCCUCGAACGAUGGAAUGCCCGGCUCGAGAAGGAAGAGGCUGACCAGCUCGAGAAGGAUAAAGCUACUCCGAGUACUGUUUCGGAGGGAGCUCAGGAGGAUAGUCAUGCUAUUCGUCCUGAGGGGUCCGGUGCCACUGAUGCUGAGAAGGCCAAGGAGACUCCUCUUCUUUGAAUCUGACCUCGGGGAGAUCAGUUUUCGGGGCUGCGUCCCAUUAUUUCUGUAAUUAUUUCAACUUGUGCCCACGGGGCUGAUACAAUUCCCUUUAUUAUUCUUUUAUAUACUUACAUUUCUUGGUUCGAAAUAUUUUGCAUAUUUUUAUAAUUGAUGGACCGGUUAUGUUUAUUUAUGCAUACAAACAUAGUUUGGAUUUAGGCUCGAAAUUCGAUGCAUUCAUGCAUAGUUUAUUCGAUUUAUCCGUUUCCAACCUCGUUAUUUAUCAAGGUCGGACAUUACUGUAACCAUGAACUGAAAAGUACUUAUAUGGCAUGUAAUAUGAAUGAUUUGGUUAAUCUUUUUAGUCACUUUCCCUCAUCCUUAGUAUCUUAGCUCCGAGGUUAUGAGUUCGAAACUAUUUUAAGA